AUGUUGAAGCAGUGUCUACUUUUCCUGUUUCUGUUGCAAAUCUCAAAUGCAGCAGAUUGUCCAAUAUGUCCAACAGGAGGAAUAUGGUCAGAAUGGACAUCAACUGGAGUGUGUGCAACUACUUGUGGAGCUUGUUCCAAUUUGAAUUAUUCUAGAACUUGCUUGUCAGAUGGAUUGAAGAAUUGA